AUGGCAUCAUUGUCGAUAGAUGCUCCUGAAGCUCCGAUGGCGGCUCAAGUGCCCGAGACACUGGCACCAGCAAUGCCUUCAAAGCCGAUCCCCUUGCAGUGCUGCGUGUGCCCCGAUACCCCUACAUUCUCGGACGUCUCCCACCUCCUGACGCAUAUCGCUUCCAAGGGCCAUUUGCAUCAUGAAACGCAGACAAAGCUCAAGGCUCGCCAAGAUGAGGAGGCGUUCACAACCAUCCGAAGCUAUGACGAAUGGUAUGAGGACAAUGCCAUUGAGUCUCUUCUCAUUGAGCGGAUGAAAACCAAGCAGGAGAAGGAUGCAACGAGAAGCAAGCGAACAGUAGGUUCCUCAGCUCCAUACCCACCCAAGCAAUCAAACCGGAAGCCAAAACGUUCGCCCGGCACUGCAGUACCAUUUAUCAAGUCCGAGGAUGACGAGUUUCCCUCUAGCACCGGUAUGGCGGCUUAUCCCGGCCUUUCUCUACCGGACCAUGAUCUGGUUGCAGUCGAGGAUGUCACAACGCUCGGUGACACCAUGUCCCUCAAAGGACUGAUAUGGCCGGGCAUGGGAAAGUUGGACCUUGCAAACGACGAGAUGAAGCGCAUCCGAAACCAGAAAAAGCCACGGUCUGUCAUCGAGAAGAUGCGGAGGACGUCAGAGGGUGUUAGCUCCGAACAAGUUGUCUACAGCCCUGGCUUUGAGUUCGCGAGGACGAAAGACGUUUAUGAUGAGCUUACGCCAGAUGAGGAUGGAGUGGAACCAAUCUCAGCAAAAAAGACGGUCCGCACCAAGAGGAAGAAGACCAAUGCUCUCGCAGAUGUGUCUGUAAACAUUCCACGUCGGAACCUCAAGCAAGCACGCCGUGAGAGCUGUGCACCGCCGGAUGUGGUGAAGCCUUCCAAAGCUGGCGGGCAAAACAUCGAUCCUGAGCUGUCAACCUCCGUGCCUCCAUCUCAGCGACCAACUCCUAAUGUCUUCAGCGACGAAGAUCUCAAGCCUGCUUUCGAUGACCAAGGAUUUGCAGUCCCCACUACCCGAGAGCACAAGUAA